AUGGCACCAGCUAUCCGCAGACUCCGCGUCGCCGUCUCAGGCCUUGGUCGCAUGGGCGCUCGCCAUGCAAACCACUUCCUUCACCGCACACCCAAAGCUGAGCUCGUAGCAGCUUUCACACCAGCUGAGAAUGAGAUUGCGUGGGCAAAGGAGAACCUCGAGCCAUGGGGCGUCAAGAUCUACACCGACUACGACGAGAUGUUGAAGCACGAGGGUCUCGAGGCUGUCUGUGUAGCUACCGUUACCACCGUACACGCCGAGCACACAAUCAAGGCCAUCGAGGCUGGAAAGCAUGUCUUGUGUGAGAAGCCGCUCAGCACCAAGCUGGACGUAGUCCACCAAGUCCUCGACACAGCCAAGCGCAAUCCCCACGUCAAAGUCAUGUGUGGUUUCUCCCGUCGCUUCGACUCUUCCUACGUCAAUGCCUACAACAUGACGCUCAACGGCGACAUUGGCCGUCCUACAAUCCUGCGAUCACAAACCUGCGACAAAUACGACCCAUCUGGUUUCUUCGUCGCCUAUGCCGAGUUCUCAGGCGGCAUAUUCGUCGACUGCAACAUCCACGACAUCGACCUCGCCCUCUGGUACUUCUCCGCCGAAAGCAAGGGCAAGACACUGCCUGUAGUCAAGUCCGUCAUGGCCGUCGGCGUCACAGCGCUCGAGCCCGACCUAGCCAAGCACGGCGAUGUUGACAACGGCGUUGGUGUCGUAGAAUUCCACUCAGGCCAAAUCGCAUACUUUUACUCCUCGCGCAUGAACGCCCCAGGCCAACACGACAUGACGGAGAUUAUCGGUACCAAGGGCAAACUCGCCGUCAACUCGAACCCCAUGACCGGACUGUUGGAGAGCCAUAUCUCUACGGGUAUUCACAGGGAUAUUCCCCAGAACUACUAUGAGAGGUUUGAGCAGGCGUUUGUAGAGGAGGCGAGGCAGUUUACUGAUGCGGUGCUCGAGGGUAAGGAGGUGCCGAUUGAUUUGCAGAGUUCGAUGGAGGCGGUCAAGAUUGGUGUGGCGCUGCAGGACAGUCUGAGAAAUGGCAAGAAGAUCUUCUUCGACAAGCAGGGUAACAGGGUGGAUGAGGCGAGGGCCAAGUUGUAG